AUGGGCAGAAAGAAGAAGAAGGCAUCUAAGCCAUGGUGCUGGUACUGCAACAGGGAGUUCGACGACGAAAAAAUUCUCAUCCAACAUCAGAAAGCGAAACAUUUCAAAUGUCACAUUUGUCACAAGAAACUGUACACGGGACCUGGAUUGUCAAUACACUGCAUGCAGGUUCACAAAGAAGCCAUAGAUAAAGUACCAAAUUCAUUACCAAAUAGGUCAAAUAUAGAAAUAGAAAUCUAUGGUAUGGAAGGUAUACCACCUGAAGAUGUGAAGGAGCAUGAGAAACAAAAAUCAGGUGGUGGUAAAGGGUCAGAUAGUGACGAUGAUGAGCCUGCUGCAAAGAAAAAAGCAACGCCUGCACUGCUGGGCCCUGGUCCCUCACAAGUCACUCCCGGCAUAUUGCCCACACCUAUGGGACCAGUCCCUCCGGGGAUGUACCCAGGGCAUAUGCAAAUGCAGAUGCAUAUGCCUCCCUUUAUGCAAGCACCUAGAAUGAUGAUGCCGGGAAUGCGGCCAUUAUUCCCUGCGGUCAGCAUGCCCCCCACAUCGACGAGUAAACCUACGUUCCCCGCCUAUAGUAAUGCGACAAUAAGUGCGCCGCCCACGACGACCACGCCCUCUAGUAGUUCGGAUCACAAGGAGAAUGGUGAAGUAAAACCUCCCGCGGCUAACGCGUGUCCUUUAGUGACGGCCACUGGGGCCGGUUCUAAGAUUAUACACCCCCCUGAAGAUGUCUCAUUAGAAGAGAUCAGGGCUAGAAAUAUUAAGUACAGAGCGAAACCUAAACCUGACGCACCCGCGGCCCAACCGCAGCCUGCGCCCGCCAUGAUCACUCCCAGCACGAGUCAAGCAGAGGUGGCGGCACACAUGAACGCGGCGGUGGCGGCCGCGCGGCAGCAACAGGCGGCGGCGGCGCUGCGGCGCGGCGUGCUGGGCGGCAUGGCGGGCGGCAUGGGCGGCGGCAUGGCGGGCGGCGUGGCGGGCGGCAUGGGCAUGCACGGCAUGGUGGGCAUGCUGCCGGCGCCGACGCUGCGCGUGCCGGGCGUGGUGCCGCACGUGCCGGUGUCGGUGCCGCAGAUGCCGCCGGUGGUGCCGAUGCUGCCCGUCAUGCCGCAGUUCAACCUCGUGCGUCCGCUGCAGCCCGGGAUGUUGCUGCCGGGAGGCGUGAUGCCGAUGGGCGCCAUGUUCCCGGGCGGCAUGGUCAUGCAGCCGCGCUACCGAUAG